AUGAUUGAACGUUUACCAACACAGCCAAUAACAAUUAUUAAUCAAAAUAGUACAAAUAUUAACGGGAGUAAUUGUGGCGAGUUAUCAAUAACAACAACAGCAACAGAAAAAAAUGAAUCUCAAAAAUUUUCCUAUAAUAAUUACGAUAUUUCAAAUACAACGAAUAUAAAACCAAUUGAAUGUUCUGGCUGUUAUCAAAAGAUUGAUGAAAAAUAUUAUUUAUUUGUUGCUGAAAAAUGUUGGCAUUUAACAUGUUUAAAAUGUCAUGAAUGUCAAAUGGUAUUGGAUACUGAAUUAACAUGUUAUUCAAAAGAUGGACUAUUUUUUUGUCGAAAAGAUUAUUACAAAUGUUAUGGCCGUUAUCGUUGUCAUAAAUGUCAUCAAUCAUUGACACCCAAUGAUCUCAUCCUACGUACAUGUGAUUAUUUAUAUCAUGUUAAUUGUUUCUCAUGUUGUCUAUGUCAACAAUUAUUACAACCUGGUGACGAAUAUGGUUUACGUGAUUCAUUUUUACUAUGUCGAUCACAUUUUGAACAAUCAUCAUCAAUUUUUGGUGAUCAAUUAUUACCACCAUUCGAAGAUCAACACCUUGAAUCUUCAUCAACAGAGUUUAUUCCAACAGAUCCAAAUUGUACAAUACAACCUUUUUUUUCCACAAAAUCAAAUCGCCAACAACAAAGUAGAAAACGAAAAUUAAAUGAUGUUGAAAACGAUUACAGUAUUCAUCAUUCAACAACAGGUCUGUUUCCCGAUGAUCGUGAAAAUUCAGUAUUGAGUGAUACAUUUUUAUUUCAACAACAAAUUCUUAAUUCAUCAUCAUCAUCAUCAGUCAUGACUGCUUAUCAACAGCAACAACAACGACAAAAGCGAAUGCGUACAAGUUUUAAACAUCAUCAAUUACGUAUUAUGAAAACAUUUUUUACCAGUAAUCAUAAUCCAGAUGCAAAAGAUUUGAAAAAUUUAGCACAAAAAACAGGUUUAUCAAAACGUGUUUUACAGGUUUGGUUUCAAAAUGCUCGUGCAAAAUAUCGGCGUAGUUUACUUCAAGAUCAAGAUACGAAACAAGAGUCUUCAUCAUCUACAACAUCAGCUUCUUCUUGUACUACAAAUGGCAUCUCCGAGGAUACAAUUAUAUUAAAUCGAAAAGAAUCUGAACUACUGGAUAUGCUCACAGACGAUCAUUCAAGUGAUGGUGGUCACGGUGAUCUAAGUCGAGACUCUAUUACAGAUACAGAUUAUCAUCAACUAUCAUCUUAUAUUGAUGAUUAUGCUUAG